AUGCAGAAGAGCUCUAUCUUUGAAAAGGAAAUAAUCAAAAAGCAUGAAUCAGAGAACAUAGUUCUGGAGCAAGUUUUUGCCACAGCAUACUUUCAAAUGAAGUCGUUUAUUGCAAAUCAGCAUUUUAUUCCAUUGUUGACACACAUACAAACGACAUUUGGUGUUGAGAACUUGAAGUACUUCGACUACAAUUCUAAAGGUUCGCACCAAGAAAUAUUUCAAACUUUAGGACAGGCCUUGAAAAACGAUGUAAUUAAUAAGGUGAAAUCUGCUGGUGCUUAUGGUGUGCUUACUGAUGAGGUGUCAGAUAUAUCCGUAACUGAAAAUUUGGUCACCUUUAUCCAGUUUUUUUCCAGAGAAUCAGGCAGCAUUGCGACGCAGUUCUUGGCGUGUCACAACUUACUGGCCAACUUUGACUCUCCUAAUGCGGAGGCAAUCACCUCUGUGAUUGUAAAUGAACUUGAAGGUCAUGGAUUGUCGAUGGAAAAGUUUACCGGCUUCACAUCGGACGGUGCUUCAGUUAUGAUGGGAAAAAGAACAGGAGUUGCUGCCAGACUCAAAGAAAUAAAUCCAGUACUGCUCAAUGUCCAUUGCAUAUGUCACAGGUUAGCCCUAGCAUGUACGGACAGUAACACUGACUUAAAGUACAUCAGUACUGUGGAAACUGUUCUCAGACAGGUAUGGCAGUUUCUUGACAAUUCCCCAAAGAGAAUGGCCACAUAUCUUAAAAUACAGGCCAGACUAAAAGCAAUCCACUUUGAAGGUAAGGCUUUCAAAAAAAAAUCAAAGCGUUUGAAGAAGGCUGUAAGCACAAGGUGGUUGAGUUUCGAGGCUGCAAUCAAAGCUGUCUUUGAGGACUACGAGUCAGUGCUGCAGACAUUAGCUUUCUUCAAGGAUACUGACGCAGUUGCCUCUGGUUUGUUUGGAAAGAUGAAGAAUCUGAAAUUCCUUGGGGUAGUGUACAUCUUGAACGACAUCCUCCCAAUCCUUGCCAACCUGUCCAAAGAUUUCCAAACUGGAUCUAUUACCUUCGCAACCAUUGUGCCAUCCAUAAAUCGCACAAAAGAUAAGUUAAAAGAUCUUUUAGAGGACAAUGCACCGAUAGAAAGACUGUCUUAA